CAUUGAAAUUUGUUCAAUGAACCGCACAACUCAUUUCACUCAAGCUUGCGCUCAUUGUUUUUGCGCUACGCAGGCCUGGCACAAGGCAGUCGCGUUUUUAUCAGCAAACGUGGCCAAGUCUCAACACUGAUCAUGAUGCUCCACUAGACGAACUGAUAUAUAUCCUCAGCUGAAAAUGCAUUUCUCUCAGAAAACCAAAACCUUCAGCCAGCUGCAGGUCUUACAGCUGACCUUCUUGUUCAUAGACUAUCUCUUCUCUAUUCGAUAGGACAUGCAGCGCGCUCAAAAGGCUUCGUCGUCGUCGUCGUCGUCUUCGGAUUCAUCACCUUCAUCCACUCCUUCGGGGAGUCAUGCUCUUCAGCCGGCCGCGAUUCGUCCAGAAUCAAAGGCGGAGUUAAAACCGUUGUUCACGCAGAAACCCCUGUCUUUUUCAGAUCGGGAGAAGAAGGCUUCUCCACCUCCGCGCAAGCGCAGGAGGCAAGUAGUCCCGGAAACCCCCGCCAUGACUUACAAUCCUUCUCAAAGAAUGAUACCAACAGGGCGACAGGAGCCUCCACAGACACCGGUGUCGCAGACUACACCUAUUUCAUCUACCAACGAAUGCCCUGGUUUGAUGUCUGACGAAUUUGAUGACCAACCGCCCCCUGAUGCCCCCGUGUAUUCUCACUCCACCGCUUUUAAACGCCCUCGCACCUCGAGUGGUAGCGAUGGCUUAUCGCAGUUCCCUGGUUACCCUGCCACAUACUACGACUUCAGGACUUCGGAUACAGCGGAUCAUCAAGAUCCUCCACUGUCUGGUGGAAGUUCUUCUUCAACUAAUUCCUUCGGCUCAUCUCCAGUACAUCACACUUAUGGACCGCCGGGUGAAUAUCAUCAGCCUUUUCAUCAGGAGAUGACGGGACAACAUGCUGCAGAUUACACGCAGAUACAUAGAGAUGACUACCAGGACCCUAGCUACCUCUCACCUCAAGAGGGAGUCUGGUCCUACUGCCCCACCUAUUCCAAUAAUGUGUAUCGCGAUCGGCCACUUUAGACACUCAUCUCGUCCGUCAAGAGGUCUCCCUUGACUCUAUCACUGGUUGAUAUUCAUUGGACAAGAGUAAACUAGUUUGACCGAGCGUAGUGACAUUGGUGGAUAUUUUUCAGAGCCAUAUGUCUUGACCCUUUUACUUAGAUAUGUCGUGCGUCCGAUUCUAUUUGUCUAUACCGAAUUUUCUGCGUAUUUCGUCUUCGCCUUCCCAAGAAUCUAAUUACAGUUCCCAUGAAUAAUAUUGUUUUACUCGUUUUC